GCAUGUCACAGCUAAAGCAUUACUGAUUGAUCAGGUGGCCGAGCUACAAGGAGAGCUAAGUUUGAUAAGACAGAGUAAUUAUUAUAAAAGAUUACAAAGAAAGGAUGAACAACUAAAAGAAAAAGAACAAAAUUUAAAACAACAAAAUGAGAAAACCCAUAGAUUUGAAAUGCAAAAAAUAAAAAAGCAGCUGAAGAUGUUACAGACAAAGUUGUCGCAUAAAGAUAAAACUAUAAAGCAGUUAAGAGACACAAAGUGUAAACUAAAUGCAAUGGUUAAAAAAAUAAAACAAGAGUGUGACAGUUACAUAGUACAAAAUGAAGAUUUGAAAAGUGGUGAAAAAACAUUAUUAACAAAAGCUGGAAACAAGUAUAGCGAUGCUGUUGUCAAGUGCAUCAUUCAGUUGAUUGGAGAAGCAAGUGUACCAGCAUCUCGGUGUGCAAGUGUCAUUCAGUGUGUUUCAAAGUGUCUCUUUGAUCGUCAAAUAGAUAUUGAUAAAUUGCUGUCUGAAAGAUCAACACUUCGCUAUGCUGACAGAGGUCAUGUUCUUGCGAAAUACCACAUUGCCGACUCAAUUAUGAAGUCUGACAGAUUUGACAUGCAUUCUGAUGGAACGAGUCGUGACCACAGAAAGUACAUUGGCAGCCAAGCAACCCUCUCAAGUGGCAACAUUUUUAGCAUGGGAUACACAACUGUUUGUACUGAGGACACCAAAACACUGCUAGACAUUUCAGUCACCCUUCUCAAAGAACUAGCGGAUAUUUAUGAUGAUGAUGGAGACUCAGUGGACCAGAACUUCAAAGAAUUGCUUCAAAAGUUGUCUGGUUUGAUGUCUGACCGAGCCAGUGUCAAUAAAUCCUUCAAUAAAGCUAUGAAUCAGUGCCGCCAGGAAGUUCUGGAGGAUAAUUCAGCUCAACUUCAGUUUUUGUACUGCAGUGCUCAUUUUCUCCUCGGUCUCAGCAGUGAAGGUGAGAAAGUUCUGAAAUGCCUGCAGAAAGAACUAGAUGGAAAACUUGGUCGAGACCAGCUGUCCAUCUUCAACUCUUUUUCCAGUUCCGGAGAAUCCGCAGUCUCGCGCUACAUCAGAACAGCCUGUGAUGUACUAGGACCACGAGGCGACGAAAAGAGUGGAUGCCGCGAUGCAUGGGAGGCUUUCUGUGCCAUGAAGGGGUUGACGUCUCACAUCAAGAGUUACCGUGGUAACAGAUUUAAUAAUUUUUUUGAGGGAGCUGCCAGCUUACAUUUUCACAGAAAAGACAUACAGGACUUUUUCUCGAACUACAGCUUGAGUCUAAAUCUCAAGUUGCAAAGUGUUUUGGCAGACUGCCAGUGUGAUGUUGUUGAUACUCUGAUAGCAGCUGUGGGCAUCACUUAUUUCACUGUCACUGGUCCCUACUGGAACUUGUGCACCAGCAAGACUGAGUACCUUGAUCUGUACCGCUACAUGUCACCAAUGCGAGAGAAGUUCCAACAGUAUUCAUCUGAUGCUAGCCCGUUGCUAGAGGAUCCACUGUCUGUCAUCCCAGAGUUUUCUGUUGAAGGUGGUGAAGUCGUUGCUGCUUUGAUGGAGGUGCCUGAUAGAAAAUUACUUCUUGAUACUCUACAAAAGCUGUUUUCAGGUUUUCUUGCAGUGACAGAUCGGCAACUGGCUGACUUUCUUCCAUCAGGAAAAUAUUAUGACAUACAGGAUCCGAUUUUACGGCAAAAGAUGAGGCACUGUCAACUUACAAAUCUGACAGGUGAACAAAAUCUUGGCGACUUGGAUUACAGCUUGUUUGUGAAACGCCAUGCCUCUCUACACUAUAGAAGCUUCACAAACAUGAUGUCACGCAACAAAACAAUGUCGUCAUGGUUUCACAAGAAAACAGCAGUUGAACAGAGGGAUCUGUUAUCCAUGUCUAAGUCAAAGUCUGAACCACUGAGAUUAAAACACAAAGAUGUGGAGAAAGCUAUUCUUUGUCAGCGGCAGGAAAAACUUCUGAUGAACCAGAAGCAAUUGGAAGAAAAGCGACUGAAGGUGAUAAAACGAAAGUCAGUUUUAUCUGAAACUGUGAAACAACAAGGCGGCCCAUGCUUGUGUCCAAAUGAUGUUGACACCCUAUUGAAAAACUGCUCCACCAAAACUGCAGCAAAAGUCAGAUUAAAUGCAGAAAUUCAAUACCAGAAAGUUGUCCUUGGAACAAGAAACAACCUCUUGAAGUCUGCAAAAUUGUCAAAUGAUGAAGUGGCAGACAACUUGAAGAAAUAUCUGGCUGGUGUUUCUGCAACUGAUGUGUCUGAUGUUGACAGCCUUGCAGAUGAGUUUGAUGUGCCCGAGACCGAUGUGCCUGAUGUGCCCGAGACCGAUGUGCCUGAGACUGAUGUGCCGGAAUCUGCAAGUGCAAGUGGUGCCGAAUCUGAUUUAGAUGAUGAUGGUCUGCAAACCAUAAUUGCAAGCAGAUUUCGGUUUUCCAGUCAAGGAACUUGGGUCGGUGUAUUCUACGACGGACAAAGUGGACCUGAUUACUUCAUUGGCCAAGUGAUCGACCUGUCAUCCACAGAGUCUGGAAGAGUCACCUUUCUGGAAAAGUGUGGACUGAAAAAAAAUCUUUUCCGAUUUCCAGCAUCUGCUGACAUUGACACAGUCUCAGCAGACUAUGUUUUCAGUUCUGGUUUUGAUGUAACGACAAAAAAUGGACGAACCUGGAGUGUUACCAGUUUUGAAGAAGUUGAAAAACUGUUUCAACAAUAUGUGGAGCUUUACUGUUAAUUUGUUUCUAAUUUUAAACAAUGCUGUGCUGUUAAAUUGUAUGCUUCAUCAUUUAAGACUAAUGGUCUGAUGACCAAGCAAUUAACAAAAUCAUUCUAUAUACGUGAAAAGACAACUUUAUUUUUAAUAUUUAAUAUUCCUGUUCCUGGUAAAUCUGUGUCAUAGUGAAUUUUAGUAACAAGCAUAGCUCCAUCAAGUGACUGUUGGUUAUAACAUAUGUAAGACAGUACAGUGCAACAUGCAUUGAUAGUUUUAUUUUUACAUGAGAAUUUUUUUUUCCCCUAAUAGUUCAUCAUUAAUGGCUUCACCGCUACAGUUGAGUUAUUGCUUUGACAACGGAUACACUGCUCAAAUUUCAAGGAGUGUACUAUAUGUGUAACAAUCUUGGAGCAAUGAAUUUAACACCCAAGAGAGUGUUAUGUUGGCACUUUCACCACGCAAAAUCUUAGGAAGAUAUCUUCAAUAGUUUUAGAGUGAGAUCCAUUUGAAAACUGCCGAAAUACGACAUUUUGGUGGUAAAAUUUUCCGCAUUAUAUUUUUAACAUUUUGUCAAUAUACCAGAUAAUAUAGUUAAACCAAUGGGUUUAACACACAUAAUAGCAUUUUGUAAGCACUUUCACCAUGCAAAAUUUCAGGAAGAUAUCUCUAACAGUUUUAGAGUGAGAUCCAUUUGAAAAUUGCUUAAAUAAGCCAUUUUGGUUGGAAAUUUUUCCGCGCUACAUUUUUAACAUUUUGUUAUGUUUAGGAGCUUGUAACUUCAUAAAUUACAUUCCCAAGCACUUGAAAAAAAAUAGGCUUGUACUAUAGAACUAGUUGUGUAUAUAUUAUGAUUCUUUGGAUGUGUAAUGCUAUUACUUUAUGAUUUAUGAUUAUGCGAAAAUGGGCCCGAGGCCAAUUAUUGUUGAUUUUUGGCGCAUAUUUUCCUGUUUUCACACAAAUAAUAAACUAGGAAAAUAGUAAUAAAAUUAAGACAUUCUUAGAAAAUUAAAUGUAGAUUAUUACAUAUAUCUUAAAAUUAAGUAAACUUUUUAUGUCAUUCCAUAUCAUUUUGUGAUAUUUAUUCCAAAAAGGGCACCCCUAUAACGUAAAACUGUUCUCGACGCUUGCGAAAUUACUAAAAUGGCCAUAUUUCAAAAACUAAUAAAGAUAUCUUAAAAACUUUUUCUGUUCUGUGUUUGUAUUCUUCCAUACUAUAAGAAUCAUGUAUUGUAAGGGUAAAAAUCACUAAUUUUAAUUUUGGAUGCUGGUACCUACAUAGAAAAAUGUAACUGGUUUUCUCUUUAAGACUAUAUGUCAAAAUUAGCAAAUGGUUGACAUCCAGUAGCCGAUGAUUAAUAAAGCAGUGUGCUCUAGUGGUGUCAUUAAACAAAACACACUUUCGUUAAAAGAUACAUUUUCAGACAUAUAUAAAGUUUUUGACACCACUGUAAAAAAUAAUGAUCUCCACUGUGGUAAAAUGUUAAUACAAUGUGCAGGGAUGAGCAGAGAAGGAUAUAGGAGUUGUGUGUUCACUUGAGUUGUGUGCUCACUUGAGUUGGUUGCUCGCUUGAGUUGUGUGCUCACUUGAGUUGGUUGCUCGCUUGAGUUGUGUGCUCACUUGAGUUUCAAUGGGUUAUAGCAGUGAGUUGUCCCCUCUGGUAUACCUCUCUGUUUGGUUCUGUUCCAACCAGUACCAUAUGACUCGUACCUCCUACAAAUGUGCAUUUAAGACAUCCCCAGAUGGUUGGCAGAGUGCUCCUCAGAGUUGCUUGGGUUGGAGGAUCAAACCCCCUCGAUGGACCCAUUCUGUUAUUGUUUUUUCCCCAUCCCAACAAAAUGGCCCACGACUGGUAUAUUAAUAGAAUCUAUCACCAUUGUGAGGGGCAGAUAUGGUAGUUCCAACCAGAGGGACAAAAUGUUUUUAUGAGGGCCGACAUUUACCGAGGCUCUUAUAAAAACAUUUUGUCCCGAGGUUUGGAAUUGCUUAUCUAGCCUACACCUCACAAUGGUGAUUGAUUCUUUUUCAUGCCCAUUUAAUUACAGUAACAAAACAUUUAUUUUGUAAGCUACGGUUUGUUUAUUUAAGAACGAAUCCUAAACAUUUCACCUACAAACUCAUUUAAUCAUACAUGGAAAAAUAUAGUCCACUUGAUGCAACGGCAUAAAAAUGUAACUGCUUAACCAUAAAUAUAAAAUUUAAAAUAUUAAUUUUAUUGAAGUAUUUUUAAAACCAUGAUCCAACGUAAAAUGGCAACUUGGGGAAUAAGUAAUUCAAAAGAAUUCUGAAAAACAUAAGUUAUGACAUCAGGCGUAUUUAGAAAUCAUCUAGCACUGCAGGGCUGGACAGAUUUAUCUAGCAUCAUGCAAACACUGGCUAAUUCAGUCCAGUGGACAACAACAACGGCUAUCUGCUGUCCUGUGUGUGGGAAGUGAAAAUAUAAAACCUCCCUACCUGCUGUUUGAAUCAUU